AUGAAAUCUUUUCAAACAGUGCUCUUGAUUUCUGGAGUUCUUACACUGGUGACUGGAUUUUCACUUAAUGGCAUUCAAGGACGAUCUCAUCGUCUGGAGGGGUCAAAGUUCGCUACUGAGAUUGUGAAGAAUUUUCUACAGUGUAAGAGUCUGUGUGAUCGCCGAUCUCUGUGUAAAUCUGUCAACUACAACACGAGAACACGAGAGUGUACGUCAAACUUCCGUGACGUCACGACGUCUACAACAUCCUUGCAGUAUGACGUACCAGCAAUAGUGUAUGCAGAAAAACCUCUAAUGCCACAGAAUGCCGGUGUUUGUGAACGCAACUUAUGUGAAGACACACAAGUCUGUACUCAGGUGGAUUCGCGACAGAACUGCUUCACUGAAGAAAUUAGUUGCGGUGAACCCCCUGAUGUUCCAAACACCAGAAAGACUGCGAGUGGAACCUUCCUUAAUUCGGUGGCAAUCUACAGCUGCAGCGUUGGUUACAUGGUGUUUAACGGAACACCAACGUCGACAUGUGACGUCACACGAAGAUGGAGCCAGACUAACUUGUCAUGUAUUGAAAUUAAUUGUGGUGAACCCCCUGAUAUUCCAAACACCAGUAAUUCGGUGACAAUCUACAGCUGCAGCGUGGGUUACGUCGUGUUUAACGGAACAACAACGUCGACAUGUGAUGUCACACAGAGAUGGAGGCAGACCAACUUGUCAUGUAUUGAAAUCAAUUGCGGUGAACCCCCUGAUAUUCCAAACACCAGUAAGACUGCGAAUGGAACCGUCCUUAAUUCGGUGGCAAUCUACAGCUGCAGCGUUGGUUACGUCGUGUUUAAUGGAACAACAACGUCGAUAUGUGACGUCACUCGAAGAUGGAGCCAGACUAAUUUGUCAUGUAUAGAAAUUAAAUGUGGUGAACCCCCUAAUGUUCCAAACACCAGUAAGACUAUGAAUGGAACCGUCCUUAACUCGGUGGCAAUCUAUAGCUGCAGUGUAGGUAACGUCAUGUUUAACGGAACAACAACCUCGACAUGUGACGUCACACAAAGAUGGAGCCAGACUAACUUGUCAUGUAUUGUUGACUGUGGCGUCCUAACUGUAUCCAAUGGCGUCUUUAAUAAUGAGUCCACCACUUUGGGCAGCAAUGGAUCAGUGGAGUGUGACGCAGACUUUCGGUUUUUUGGGAACAGUAGCUCAGUGAGGUGUGACGCUACAGGACAGUGGAACGGUCUGGGUGGAGACUGCAGACAGGUGGAAUGGAGGAAUGAGAAUCCUAAGUUCACAGCUUUUCUACCGGAACCUAUCAAAGAUGGUUGGGAAAUGAUACUGCGUGCAACACCAACAAGUGACGCCAAGCGUUUUACUAUAAACCUCGUGUAUUUGUCGGACGUGUACGCCCACUUCGAUGUCAGAUUUGACGCUGCUGGCAAAGUAAGGAAAGCUUUGUUUGACUACAAGCUUGGAUCGUGGAACAAAGACUUGAAGUUCCUUGCGUCAUUUCCGUUUGACCCUCUCGUUCCUUUCGAACUCCGAAUACAGCUUCAGUCAAAUGUACUCGAGUUCAGUAUAUACAAGGACUGGGAUGUGCAGAUAGACAGCAAAAAAAGAGUUGAAACAUAGUUCGGGAAGAAAUAACUCGGAAUUGAAUUGCAUGAGUCGAUAUUCUUGUUGAUUUUAAGCUGUGUUUUGUUACAACGAUGUCAAUAAAGAUAACAGAAUUA